AUGGUGAAGAGGGUAAAGGAAUGGAGGGAAAAGGAAGGGGCCAGAUGGGACGAGCUCGUUCAGCCGUCGGCUUUGUUUGAGGCAGGGUUGGGUACACAGCCGAGUGGUAGGGACCUCGACCGAACGGAGUUGGAAGCAAGAAGAAAGACUCAAGAGGCGGAGGACCAGACCAUCUUGGCCAAAACCCAAAAAUUCAAAGAGUCGCAGGCAGAUCGACCGCCAAAGCCGGUUGUGAGGGAGAGGAUCCGACCUCGCCUCAAACCCUUGGGAAAAAAAGAAUUAAGUGAAUUUGUGCCACGACCGCCCCCAACAGAUCCCUUGAAGGAGAGGGCUUUGAAGGAGAUGGAGGUGGGGGGCGUAAUGAAGAAGAAGAGGAGAGUGAGGAGAAGUGAAGAAGAGCCUACCUUGAAGAGAAUGAGGGAAGUAAGGGCAGAAGAGACCAGUGUGGCCAAGGAGGCAGAGAGGGAGGGAGUGGAGGAGACCCUAGGAAGGGUGGUCGUCCCAGAAUUGGUGGACAUCGCGUCGGAGGGGAUGGAGGUCGUCCCAGCAGUGGUGGGGAUCGCCACAGAGGCGGGGGCUGCAAAACUCAAGGCAGAUGAGGCCAAGGCUCAACUUGCAAGGUUGAAGAAGGAGAGUGUAAACUGGGAGAGUGCCCAUGCUGAGCUGCGAGCGGUCAAGUUGGAGCCGGAGAACGAACGCCGCCAGGUUGUGUCGCUCGAGUUCCACCAGGCUGGCAAGCAGAGGAAGCUGGAGGAGGCCCAAAAAGCCUGCGCGGUCGCGCUCGAACAGCAUGAAGAGGCGAUGACCAGUAAUGAAGAGCUGGUUAAACAAAAGGAUGAGGCAGACGUGAAGAUUGACGGUCUGCAGAGGGAGUUGGAGGGAGAGCACACGAAGGCAAUGGAGGAGAGGGACGGCCUACAAAAGGAGUUGGAGAAGGAGAGGGCCAAGGCAUCUGCUGAGAGGGCGAACGUGCUGAGAGAGUUGGCUGAAAAGAGGGCCAAGGCAGCCUCUGAAAUGGCGACCCUACAGAAGUAG